AUUACGCAUUUACAGUGCGCGUGCUUGUUCGGCCGCCAGAUGGUCCAUCUCUCUCGUCUUCUUCACUCCGCUUCGCGUCCAUCUCCGAUACGGUUCUCUCUCCGACGAUGCAUCCGCGCGGCGUUCUCUUCGUCCUUCUCCUCGCUCUCGUCCUCCUUCCGAUCUCCCUAUCCGUCCGCCCCUUCAUCCUCGUGAUCCACAACGAAGAUCUCGUCGACGGCUCCGCGUCUGCCGACGCUGAAUCCGUCGAGGAUUCAGCCCCCGAUUGGGAAGAAUUCGGCGAACCCGAUGCGAUCUCUGAGGAUGACCUCGAUCCUGGCUCAUGGCGCCCAAUCUUCGAGCCGUCCUCUUCGUCCUCCGCCCUGAACUCCUCCUCCGACUCCCUCUACUUCUCCGGCGUUCGAUCCUUGAUCUCAGCUUCGAGCUCCGGCGACACCGCCGCCAUGGAUGAAGCUAUCUCCGUGAUUGAGACCGCCGCAUUCGCUGGCUCCCCCCACGCUCAAUCUGCGCUCGGGUUCGUCUUUUCCACUGGUUGUAUGCGUGCCAAGAACCGCGCUAAAGCUCAUUUGUAUCACUACUUUGCUGCUCAGGCCGGCAACAUGCAGUCCAAGAUGGUCCUCGCUUAUACAUAUUUCCGUCAGGAUAUGCCGGAGAGAGCGGUGAAACACUAUGCGGAGCUAGCAGAGGCGGCGGUGGCGAGCUUCCUUAUAUCGAAGGAGCCACCGGUGAUUGAGCCCGUUAGAAUCCACAGUGGGACUGAAGAGAACAAGGAUGGGUUGAGGAAGUCUCGGGGGGAAGAUGACGAGGACUUCCAGAUCAUAGAGUAUCAAGCUCAGAAGGGUAACGCUGCUGCUAUGUACCGAAUUGGGGUGCUGUACUAUUACGGUCUGCGGGGAGUGAGGAGGGAUCAUGCCAGGGCAUUGUUUUGGUUCUCAAAAGCCGUGGACAAAGGGGAACCCAGAGCGAUGGAACUGCUUGGGGAGAUAUAUGCUAGAGGUGCUGGAGUGGAGAGGAAUUAUACCAAGGCCUUUGAGUGGCUCAAGCUUGCAUCAAGGCAGCAGCAUUAUUCUGCCUACAACGGCUUGGGGUAUCUCUAUGUUAAAGGUUAUGGAGUGGAGAAGAAUUUAACCAAAGCAAAAGAGUUCUUUGAGAAGGCUGCGGAAAAUAAGGAAGCAGGAGGACACUAUAACCUUGGUGUAUUGUAUCUCAAGGGUAUUGGUGUAAAAAAGGAUGUGGUUACAGCCUGUAAGUAUUUCCUUGUCGCAGCUAAUGCUGGCCAACCAAAGGCCAUCUUCCAAGUGGCAAAGAUGUUCCAAAAAGGCAUUGGUAUUAAGAAGAAUAUUCAAAUGGCUACAAUUUUGUACAAGACUGUAGCAGAAAGGGGGCCUUGGAGCUCUCUAUCGAGAUGGGCUUUGGAGGCGUACUUAAAAGGUGAUGUGGGAAAAGCCUUGCUGCUGUACUCUCGAAUGGCCGAACUGGGAUAUGAGGUAGCACAAAGCAAUGCUGCAUGGAUCCUUGAUAGAUAUGGUGAACACAGUAUGUGCAUAGGAGAAUCUGGGUUUUGUACAGACCAAGAAAGGCAUCUUCGGGCGCAUGCUUUGUGGUGGCAAGCGUCGGAACAGGGUAAUGAACAUGCUGCUUUGCUGAUUGGGGAUGCUUAUUACUAUGGACGGGGUACUGGGAGAGAUUAUGAGCGUGCUGCAGAGGCUUAUAUGCAUGCCCAAUCACAAUCCAAUGCUCAAGCCAUGUUCAACCUUGGUUACAUGCAUGAACAUGGUCAAGGGUUACCAUUUGAUCUUCACUUGGCAAAACGGUAUUAUGAUCAGGCUCUGGAGAAUGAUCCAGCUGCAAAGUUGCCUGUUUCACUAGCACUGGCGAGCUUGUGGAUCAGGAAGAACUAUGCUGAUAGCUUCAUGGUUGGCAUGAUUGAUGCACUCCCUGAUCUGUUUCCAAGGAUUGAGGAAUGGGUAGAGGAAGUUCUAAUGGACGAGGGCAACGUAACUAUUUUGACGCUCUUUGUUUGCCUGUUAACUGUUCUUUAUCUUCGUGAGCGGCAAAGACGUCUUGCGGUGGUGCCGCCACCGCCACCAGAACCUGAAGAUGAAGCACCUGCACCCAAUUAAUUUCUGGUCAAGAUAGAAUGCCUGGGAAAGAUGCACACAUUUUCUCCAUCAACCAGAAGGGCAUCUAUGAAUUCUGACUCUUGAUCCAUCUUCAUGUUUUUUUCUCCUGAAAUUAGUGUGUUCAUAUGGAUGAUGAGCCGGUGAAAGAAAAUAUAUUCAUAAAGUUUCUGCUCUCUUUUUGAUGAAACGCUCAAUUAUAUUACAAUUUACAAUAGAGAAACCAAAUACAAAAAUUUGGGUUGUGUUUUGUUGCGAAGGAAA